UAAAGAGUGAGCCGAGGCUGUUCUGUAUGAAUUACCGCCUGAUUUAGUAAUACACUCCCGAGACCUCAACUGGGAAGCUCGGGUAUUUGACACGAGUGAAUGACUAUACCACAUGGACAUCCAUGAAGUUUUGAUUUUCUUUUAUGAAGGAAAAACAUUUUGAUAACAGGCAGAGAAGCUUUGCUGUCGAUACUGCGAUUUCACAUAACAACAUUUUUAAACAAGUGCUUGAAAGCGACAGAAAUGUUAAAUUUUAUGAGUAAAGCAAAUCUCACUGUUUUAGAACGUUAAUUUGUCGCUCUUGAGAACUAACUAUGCCAACACUGUUAUACGCAGUUUUACAUGCGCUCCUGGGGAUCCUGAUUCCUCUUACGAAUGUCACUGUCAUUGUUGUCGUCUAUAAACUCCUUAAAAAAAAACAUGCAAAAAGUUAUAUUUUCAUCAUCAACCUGGCUGCCGCCGAUAUGCUGGUGGGGCUUAUGUGCAUCGUUGAGGCGCUCGAUGAUUUGUACGACGACGAUUUUGACAAGAACAUCACUUUCUGUCUCAUCCGGAUUUGCUUGACCAUCACACCUUGCAUCAGCUCCAUUCUGACUCUGUUGCUAAUCUCACUGGACAGGUACCUGGCUGUCAGACUUCCUCUGCACUACCACAGAUUUGUCUGCACGAGGGCAAUACUGGUCGUGCUCUUGCUCCUCUGGUCCUGGUCCUUCUUCAUGGGGCAUCUGCCACUCAUCUCACCCUCGUUGCAGCAAAGCAACUACACCGGCUACUGUGGUCUUCUGUAUUCAGCCAAAAGCGAAUAUCUCUUCAUUCUCUGCUUCACCGUUUUCAUUCCGGCCUUAGCGUCUAUCAUCUUUCUUCAUUUAUCGCUCGGCUGGAUUGCUUUUAUUCAACACCGACUGAUUUGGAAGACAUGGCCAACUCCUACUACUUCCAUCUUGCUAUACAUGCGACAUUUUAAAGCAGCACGGACGGUGUUGAUAGUCAUCAUUUGCUUCGCGCUGUCCUGGGGACCCUAUUAUAUUACCGGCGUGAUCCAGGCAAGGUGCCCCGACUGCGAUCUUAAAGAUUUGUUGAAAGAUUUACUCUUCUUACUCGGGGAGACAAAUUCUCUGAUGAAUCCGUUGAUCUACACCUUUUACAGCAAAGACAUCAGGUCGUAUUUGUCUAAACUUUGCAAGGGCUGGUUCCAUUAAAAUGUCAAAAAUUACAGCGGAGCAGAAAGGACAGGAGCUUAAAUCGAAGUUUCUCUCACCCUGCAGAGAAAGAGGAAUAACGGGGAGGGAAUCAAAAAGGGAUCCUUGCAUAUUCUACUCACACUUACACAAACACACAUAAAUCUGGAUUUAAUUACGAACUGGAAUUUAACGGAUU